AUGGAAACGACGGACAACAGUUCGGAAAUGUUUUCGUUGACGGACAACAGUUCAGUGACUUUGUCAACGGACAACAGUACAGUGACUUUGUCAACGGAUAACAGUACAGUGACUUUGUCAACGGACAAUAGUACAGUGACUUUGUCAACGGACAUCAAUAAUUGUACAAUAACGACGUCGACUGAUACCAAUAGUUAUAUAAUGGCGUCGUCAUCGGACACCAACAGUUAUAUGAUGAUGCCGUCAACAGACAUCAGUAAUUGUUUAAUGACGUCCCCAUCGGUCACCAGUAGUUGUACGAUAGUAUUAUCGACGGACACCAGUAGUUGUACAAUGACGUCGUCGACGAAUACUACUAGUUGUAUAAUGACGUUGUCAAUGGACACCAAUAGUAAUAUGAUAACUUCAUCAACGAAUUCUAAUAGUUGUACAAUAACGUCAUCCACGGAAGCUGACAGUAAUUCUGUUCCUUCAGUUGUUAUCAGCACACAGUCACAGGUAUUAUUAAAUAGAAUUAAUGUGAUAUUUUUAUUCAAUCCAUAAUAAUUUUUAAUAUUUAAUAAUAAUAUUGUAUUAUUAAUACUUAGCCAAAAAACGACAACGGAAAUGACAUUUUUAAUUACGAAAUUCCUCUAAUACGGGCAAUAUCUUUAGAAUCCUAUAUUAUCGCCUCGUCCGUGUACAUAAUGAUUGAUGAGGGCAGAACCAUGGACGCGGAUAGGCGUCUCAUGUGGUAUUUAAAACGUCUGGGUACAGUACAAAUGGUAGAUGAAAAAUUUGAGGACAUUGAAAUGGAAGAACCAUGUAAAAUCAUGUCAUUCAUACCAAGAAAAGAACGUAACAAUAAGAAAACUAGCGUUAAAAGUACUAGUUUUGUGAUGGACACAUUUACCCGGGUAUAUUUUAUGACACCAGUUUACAAUAUGGUGUACUGUUUAGACAUGAGUCCAUCUAACUGUACAGUGGUAAGAUCCUUAUAGUAUAUGUUUUAGAUGUUUCGUUUUAAAGUAAAUUACAAUUAAGUGGUAUUGUUUGAUUCAAUUUUCUUUUAGGAUAUUCAAAGAGGUUAUGUGAUGCUUGAUGAAAUGAUGGUAGCACUGAGACGAAGCAUUGAAGGGUUUAUCAGGCCUGUAUGAUAUUUCUUUUGAUGACUUAAUAUUAUUAUAAUAUAUAUUAAACAUAAUGUCAAAAUUGUGUGUAUUGACACAAUUUAAGUUAAUAUAUAAAAAUAAUUACAAUAUAUUAUACUUCUUUUAACCAUGUAUUUUUUAAUAUUAUAGUUCAUUGUCCCGGGAUCUAAAAAAAUUUUGUUUGAGCCUCAAGUGUAUGUUACAGUUAUAGUGCACACACCAUUUUUCACAUCAUUAGCACAGCAGGUAUACUUGAAAUAUUCAAUCUUAUGAAAACAUCACAUAUUAUGUUAUAUUUUUUCAACAGGUACUUGUGCAAGGAUGGCUUAUCAAUAGUCAUAAUUUUGUUCAUUUUUUUAGAACUAUUUCAUUUGAAAUGAAUCGCCUUGAAAAUUCAUUAGCCAAAACAAAAAUAGUUAUUGAAAAAACCAAGGUAAAUAUUUGUACUAAAUAUAUUUCAGAAAUAUGAUUCUUUUUCCAUUCAUUUUUAAUGUAUUUUAUAUUAUCUAUUUUAAUUUUAUGAUUUUAAUAAUCAGAAAAUUAAAAAAUAUGAAAUAUUUAUUAUUAAAUAAAUAUUUCAGUGUGUAUAAAAAACAUUUAUAAUGAAUAAUAUAAAACCAUUAAUUUUAUACCUACUACUAUGGUAGGCUUUGUUAUAACUUAUACACUGUUAUUUCAAAUCUUUUCUUUUUAUUUGGUACAUAUAAAAUUCUUUUCUAUUUAAUAAUAAAAAAAUAAAAAUACAAUUGAAAAUCUAAAUUAUGUGAAUUAAUAUUGGUCAUUAAAUUAUAUUUUAACUGAAUGAUUGACUAUUAAGUAUUAAGUUUUAUACAUUAAAAUAAUACAUUUAAAACUAAAUUUUAAAAAACUGGAAUUGUACACAAUUUAAUUUUUAUAAAACUGAUAAGUUAAAUAACUAUUAAUUUAUUGUUUUUAUUAUUUUUGUGUUGUAGAGUUGUGACAAUGAUAAUAACACAUCAGAAAAUGAAAAUGAAAUUCCUAAAAAUCAAAAGUCUAAUAUUAAUAAAAGUCCCUAUAAUAGAACAAGUUGUAAUGAGGAACAUAGGCCAACUAUUAAUAACAACAAUCCUGAUUCAGGUUUUAUAAACACUUUAAGAUAUGGCAUGCUAGCUGUUAGAUUAUUACCACAAUCAAAUAUAUCAAGUAAGUUUUGUUUCUUAGGCUUCUUUAAUAAAUUAUUACAAAUAAUACCUAAAACAUCACUUUUUAUAGAAAAAUUCUAAGAUAGUUUGAAAUAAUAUUUUUCAGUGAUAUUAAUUUAUAGACAAAGAGUAAUUAUUUAGGACUGUUUGAAAGCAAAAUAAAAACAAAUAUUAAUUGGAUAUGCUUUUUUCAAGCGUAAUAAAUGUACUUUUAUUUAUUAAUUUAUUAUUUUAAAUAUGCUUAUUAAUAUUGACUUUUAAGUAUUUUGAUCUGAUAUAUUUAUCUGUUUAAAUGUAAUAGUUUCUUAUAAGUAAUCUUUAGUAAUUAUAGUUAAAAUUAAAAAAUCAACUUUAAUUAUAAAUAAUAAAAAGGUAUUUAACAUAUGUUAUAUAGUGUUUGACAUUUUUUUUAGCUCCUAAAAUGUUAAUUUUUUAAAUAAAUAUUAUUUUUUUUACUGCAUAUUAUAAGACAUAUUUUAAUAUUUUUGAGUGUAUAUGAACAUUACUAAUAAAGAAAUCACUAGUUAUUUGCCAUUCAAGUUUAAUAAGCUGUGAAACAAAUUUUUUUCUUUUUAUUUUUCAUUCAUUCAAUUUCAAAUUGUUUUUUUUUUAUAAUUUUUAGUAACUUAUCAAAAAUAAUAUGUAUAAUUAGGGUUAAACAGGCUAUAAUAUGCCAAUGAAAAGUCAGUAGCUGUCAGAGUUCCUGAGAGCUGUAGACUCCCUGAAUAAGAAAAAAAUGGCUGUGGCUCACUAUUCAUUGGCCAUACUAUAACCUAUAACUGUAACCUAUAGGUUACAGGCAGUGUUGAGAAUAGAUAACACAAAUUUCAUUUAUAGAUAAUUUUAUAUAAAUUUAUCUAGAUACAGAUAAAGAUAAAUACAUUUUACAUUUAUUUAGAUUAGAUAAAGAUAUUUAACUUUUAUUUAGAUAAUUUUUAGAUAGUUUUAGUUUUGAGUUUUUCCAAUUUAUAGCCUGCACUAAUUGUUGGAAUCAUCAAUAGUUGUUUGUUAAUAUCAUCAUUGAUUACCAUCAUUCAUUAAAUAGGUACUAGUAAUAAUAAUCAAUGAUAUCAUAAAUAAAAUUAUGACAAUAUCAUGAUAUUAUUUUGGCCACAAUAAUAUUGUGUAAUAAUUUGUGGGGAUUGAUCACAUGUGUCCCUAUCUUCAAAAAGGCAGCAAUUAAUGGUGUAAAAUAAAAUACAUUUAAGCCACAUAAAUGUUUUUAUUACGUGUAAAUUUCAAGUUAAGACUUAAAGAACCAUUUAUAUCCUUAAUAUUGAAUAAUGAAUCUAUAAGUCAUAAAAUAAUGUUUCAUGCUAUCAACUUCAUAAAAUUUGAUAGUAGAACAUGGGAAUAUAGUAUGAGUAUAUCUACUAAUUGGAUAGUGUUCUGAUAGAACAAUUUUAGUUAACAAAAAUAAAUAUGAGUAUAAUAUAUACAUCAUUAUAAUAAUAAAUGCAAAACAAAUUUAAAGUUGUGUUGUUAUAUUUAAAGUAGGUAUAUUAAACAUGAAAUUUGACAUUGCCCAUAAGAUUAAAUUAAUUUAAAACAUUGCACAACUACAAAAUAUACCUCAAUAAGCAUCCUUUUCAUUUCCCUCUUCUUUCAAUAACUUCUUUUACAACUUGCUUAAGUAAAAGUUAGAGUUAUUAUGACUUUAUAAAAUAUUAUAAUUUUGUGUAGGUAUUGUGUGCUUGUGUGUGAUAAGAAAUGCAUUGGUAUUUAUUAGAUAAUAUAAAUUUUACAUCAUCUUCAAAAUCUGUGUUUUUAUUUUCUUCCUCAAAAUUCAAUUCAUUACAAUCUUGAUAUAGAGCAUUAGUACUUUCAUAUAUUAGUAUAUUUGCUUCAUAAUAUUGGGUGAAUUUCAUCAAUUGACAUAUCACGAUCUUAAGUGACAUUUUAGAGACUAAAUUCCAGUAAAUAUAGUAUAAAGUAAUGAUGUCAGACAUAUCUGGAUUCCAAUAUAAUACAUAUAAUCACCUUAUUAUAUUAGUUUAUACAAAUGAUGUUACUAAUUUAUUAAAAAUUAGGUACUAUGAUAAUUUAUAAUUAAAACUGUAUUUUAUUGAAUGAAGAACACAAAAUCUAGUUCUGUGUCAAGUAUUCAAUAUUAAUUUCUUCGUAAUUUUUUUUUAGAGUUUUUAAAUUUUAAAAUUAUUUGUUUUUUAUAAAAUAUUCUUAGUGUGACAUUUUAUAAUCUUUUAUACAUUUUUUUUUUAGAUUUGGUUGUGAUUACUGAUGGCAUGAUUUCAUUGGCUGACAUACAAGUGCUUGAUUUGGUUUUAAACCAAUUGAGAUCUAUAGGUGUGGCAUGCUCAUUUUUACAUGUAUCUAGUCAAUUUCAUCCAAAUUCCAGUCAUGGGCUUGUGCCAUACCCUGAAUUAAUGCAGCUUAUAGCAACAGCCACAUCUGGUACUUACUUAAAUUCUUUCCCAAAAACAUUGCCUAACUUAGUUGUUAAUUAUUAUCAUACUAAAUUCAUAAUGUGGUCAUUUAAAAGAGGAGAUGCUAAGGAGUCUCCAAUCACAAAGCUUAGUUGUACUCCUCCACGGGUUCGUACGGGUGAAUGGACUAUAAGGUAAUGCAUAUUAUAAUAAAUAUUAGAAUUUAUAUACUUAAAACAAAAUAUUCAAAGUACAAUGUAUUUUGGAUUUCCUGUGUACUGUAUAGUGUAUGUGUAAGUAACCAAUAAGUAUUAAUUAUAAUUGUAUGUACAUUUUUGUUUAAGGAAUUCAAGUUUUUAUGGUAACAGAGAACCACAAUUGGUUUCUAAAAAACAAAUUAGUGAUCAUGUUCACGCUCACCUUGAAAAUAUUAUUUGUUGUCGUAUGCGUGAAGGAUUUUUAGUAAAGGUAUUUAUAUUGUGUUUAAUCAAAUAGACAUUUUAAAAUUGUAUGUGAAAAAUUUAUAUUUCAUUAAUGUUUAAAAUAAUUAUACAAUUUCAAAAUAUAUAACUAAUAACUAUGUACAUUUGGAAAUAUUAUUUUUUAUUAAUUGCAAAUAAAUUUAUAAAUAUAGGAUAUACAACUCAAAGAUGCAGGAAACAAUAAUAAUUCUGUUCUGGACAUAACUAAUCCAUGUAAACUUCAUUUAAAAUUAGUUUUGCCGUGGACUAAUCAUAUAUAUAUUGAGUAUGAUAUAAUUACAAAAUGGCCACCACCAGUUAUACCAAUGGAGCCAAUAGUAAUUCAAAAUAUCACGGAAAAUCCAUCUGAUUCAACAACAGAAUCAAAACAAGUACCACCACAACCACAACCAGAUGAUUCUUUAAAUAUUCAUUACACUGUUGUGGUCAAAGGUUACAAUAUAUUAUAUAACAUUUAAAUAUUCAGUAUUUGUAUAGUUUAUAUUUAUUAAUUUGUUGAUACAUUUAUAAUAUUUAGGUCCAUAUGAAUUUUUACACGAUAUUACAUGUAGUAAAACUAAAAAAUAUUUAGAACAAUCACAGACAGCUCGAUCCUUCAAAUUUCAGUUAUCAUCUUGUCGAUCCUCAUCAAUUUCUUUUGCUGCUGCAACAACUACCAUUACAAAAAAAACUGACUACAUUAUGAGUGAUAGAUCAUCUACUAGAGUAAUUUCUUCAAUGUAUAGACAAGCUCUGAUUGCUCGAUUUUGGUCUACCAUGCAGUCCAUAGUACAAACCGAUGUGUUAAUUAAACAUUUAGAAACAUAUUCACCCAGUACAGGCCACUUAUUUGAUAGUGAAAAUCAACCAAAACAGCAAACCGAAAAUCAUGAUCUAUCACCUCUCAAACUUGAAAUUCCAUUAACAACAGAAAUUGACGAGAUAGAUGAUAUAUGUUUAAGUCCACUUAGUUUAAAUAGUAUUAUUGAUCAUAUAGUAAUGACAGCAAAUGCUGAUGGAGCAGAAUCAAAAUCAACAGUUAAUUUGGCAAUUCCUGGAGCUUUAAAUAAAAGUCCAUUGCUUAAUGGUGUGCCUUUAUUCUAUCAUUUACCAUUGAAUUCAAAUUAUUAUUUUUCUUUAAAGCAAAAUAAAGUAAAAUUAGAGUUAGUAUUAUACCUAAUAGUAUUAUGAUAAUUUAAUAAAAUUGUAUUAAAUAUAUUUUAAAUUUUAGUGGUCAACAAAAAAAUUAUAUUGAUCAACAACAUCAACAAUUUGUGGAUUUUUGGAAACCAGUAUGCACUUUAGACCCUGAAUCACAAUGGCCCAAAUGGUUUUCCACGUACAGGAUUGGUGGUGGUGUAUUAUUGCUAAGACAUGAUCGUCCCCUUCCCCGUUGGUUACAUAUGCCAAACAUAGAAAAUGAACCAUAUACCAUUAUGACUGUAACAUGCAGAAAAGCAGCUAAAUCAUUGUUUGCUUUACUGAAACAUUGGUGUACAUUUGUUUUGAUUGAUGAUCACUCUUAUGUAAAAUGUUUAAAUAAAAAGUAAUAUAAUAGAUAACUAUUUUUGUGUUUGUAUGCUAUUUGUAUGCAUUAUUAAAUUUAUGUUUGUAUAAUUAUAUUUUUUAUAGUGAGACACUAACAGGCAAUUUAUCAUUUUGUAUUGCACGUGUUUCCUUGAAGGCACCAUCUUGUUGUUGUGUUGUAUUGCAUUUAGCAUUUCAAAGCUGUGUACCAGCAUCUAUUCACUAUGAGGUUUAAAUAAUAAAUUUUAUUUAAUAUUGUAAAUGAUAUUAAUUGAUUAAAUUCUAAUUGAUUAAAUGAUAGAUUAUUGAUGAUUUGAGAAACAAAAUUGUAUUGUUGGACUCAACUACAGUAGUGAAUUAUUUGUUAUCUACUGACGACCAGCAACAACAACCAACUGAUGAAAAAAAAAAACCAGAGGAAAAAAAGAAAGAAGAAACAGAAUUAAAAGUAAAAAAAAAAUCUACAAGGUUACAAAAAUAUGUGUAUUUAUUAGACAAACCAUUGGAAAAGAUCCUUGUUAGGUAUAAAAAUAAUUUUUAUAAAAUUUACAUAUUAAAAAUGAAAUAUUCAGUUUUUUUUUAUUUAAAUUUAAUUAAAUUUUAGGUAUGAACGGAUUCCUUCCCAAUUCACCACAGUCAUAUUUCCAGAUGGCUCACAACCUAAUCCAGGUGUCUCAGUAUCUAAUUUACAAAAUAUAAAUUAUAAAUCAAAGCGUAGACAAAUACUAGAUGUUGCUGCAGAUAUUUCAACUAAAGUGGAAUUAAAAGCUGUCACAGCAACAACUACCCUAUCUCGUUAUUUGUAUCAUAGACGAUGGAUAUGGAGUAGUGGACGUAGUUACUACAGUAACUGUUUUAGCAAUGUAUCUCCAAAUCUUCAAUUACAUUUAGCUCGGACUCUAUCAGUAUUAACCAAGUAAGUGUUUACUAUUGAAAUAUAGUCAGCAACAAUAUGUGUUGUUUUUAGAUUUCAUAAAUACCUAAAUCUCUAGGCUCCUCAAUUCUACAUAGUGCUAUCUUUAACCUAAGAACAUAAUAUAUAUUUUUUAGGAAUUGCUAAAAAUUAAAAACUCUAAUGCUCAACUUGAUAAUUCUCUGAUAUUUGUAUUAAAUAUGCUUUAAUAAUUGUUUCCUUUAUUCUGUCUGUUUGUAUACACAGUGUCCCAUGAAUAUAUAUCUAUUGUAAUAUAUUAGGAGAUAUUAAAAAUAAUCAAAUUCUUUUACAAAAUUUAUUCACAGGAAUAAUGACUGCAAAUAUUUAUAUUUCAAUUGAGUUUUCAUGUUAUUGAAAAAUUUUAAAGAUAUUCAUUUUAUAGUGUAUUCUUCUAAAAAGCUUUUAAUAAUCUUUUACUAUUUUUUUAAUGUAAUUUGUUAGUAUACUUUAAAAAUAUUUUAUUAAUUUUUAUUAAAUUUUUUCUAUUAUAAUAUGUUAUAAUUAUAAUUAAAAUACUACACUAGUGUAUUUAUCUAUCUUAGAAGUAUUUUAAAAUGUAUUUGUUUUUAGUGUACGAUUAAAGGAAGGAUUCCGAUUUGCACAUUCAUCAACUGGAAUCAUAAACAUGGUUUUACAAGUAGACAUGAUUGAAGUUAGUAUUUUUUAUAAUUAUCAAUAAUAAAUUUGAUAUUAUUAUAUUUAUGCCAAAAAGCCACAAAGUGACAUAAGUAUAGGUAUAAAUAUAAAUAUAAAUAUAAAUGCAAACAUAUAGUUAAAUAAAUAUAGUUAGGUAUAAAAAUUAGUGAUGUACAAUUUCUGCAAUUUCAAAUUAAAUUUUUUUUUCUAAAUUCCGCUUAAAAUUUUAAAUUAGUCUUAGAUAUAUUAUUAAAGUAGGUUUUAAUCAAUUUUAAAUUUUGUUUUAUAAAAGUAAGUUUCCUCUUCCCUACCCUUGAAGGAGUAAUACUCCUUCAGAUAGAGAUUUUUAAUAUAGGGAAAUUGGUUAUGCUAUAGACUUAACACAGCAAGUUAGAAACAGGAAAUUCUGUCAGGAUCCAUAGAAUAUGAUUUUACUAAUGAGUGUAGACUAGCUAAUAUAUCAUUGAAUAAAAUAUUAUAAUUGGAUGGCAAAAGAAAUUUAGAAGAUAGGUAGAUGGGAUGAAUACAUUAUAAGUAUGUAUUGGAUGAAAAUGUAGAAAAGUUGACCUUUAUAUUAUGGAUAAGAAGUAAAUAUCGGAAAGAUUAGAGAUAAUAUAUCUAAUCAUGUAUGGGUGGGGUAAGGCAAUCCUUACAGAUCCUUGAUGUGUGUGUCCACCAUGAUUGGUGUAAGUAGGACUUUUGAGUUGAAAGUAAUAAUAAUGGAUCGGGUUUUAAUUUUUUUGCUUUGAUAUGUAGGAUAUGUACAAAUUUUGUAAAUUUCAAAAACACAUUAGAUUUUAGUAUUAAUUUAUGUACUUCCUUGUUAUGUAUAUGUUUGUUUAUUGUGAGGUUGGACCUUUCAAUAUCUACAUUGAACAUUAAAUGUUUGGAGUUGUAAUAGCUGUUAUUGGUACAAUUUUGUGGAGAUGUGUAUUUUUUAAGAAGUAGGAUUCAUUUAGUGUCACACCACAAACAGUUUUUGUAUGGAUGGAUACCACACAAGACUUGUGUACUCUUGCUAGCACAGACAUAGAGUAUAGGCAUUUGUUCCAUUCCCCUUCACCCAAUUUUUGGUAAGGUAUAAUUCGUGAGUGCAUUAAUGAUUGUUCCUUGCUCUAAUUUUUGACUUAACACAUUUGUAAUAUUUUAGCCUGUGUGUAAUUUUAGAUUUAAGAGUGUAGUGAAGGAUCAUUUGAAUUUACUAUGAUGUGUGUUUUUGUAUUUAGUAUUUUUAAUUUUUAUAUUUAUACCAAAAAUCUUGAUCUGAUGUAUAAGUGGAGCACCUUUUUUGAAAGGAAAUUUCAUCCAGUAGGUACAUUGUGAAAGUAAUUUUUUAAUUUUCUAAAGAGUUUUUUAUAAUUGAGUAAAACCAAAAAAAAUACUACUUUUACUGCAGUUACUGUUGUAGAGGGAAGGUUAUUGAAGUUGAGAAGGUAGGAUAUAGAGGGGAAUUUAAUUUAUGUCUGUAAUGAUAAAUCAUUGCUAACAAAAAAUUAUUCUGAGUGGAGGUUGUACAAUGUAUAUGUUUUAAAAGGCCAUAAUAUUUACAAUUUAAUCAAAACUUGAUAUUAAAAUUCUUAUAAAAACAAUAUACCACAUCAAACUCAAUAUUUUUUUUUACCAUAAAGUAUAACCUAUAAUGAGCCUCCUGUUAAAUUAUUAAGGAUUUUUGUUUAGUCUAACAAUUCUUAUCCACAUAGUACCUACCAAAUAAAAAUAAUUAUCUAAAAAAUUAAUGUCUCUAAAUAUCUUAAAAAUAGCUUAAAUAUUUUGAAAAUUUGAAUAGGUCUUGUGUACCUAUUUAAAAUGCAUGUAAGUAAAAUAUGAUGACCAUUUUAAAACAAAUUUUAUUCAUCAUUAUUUUCUUUGCAUAUAGUUAUCAUUAUUUUUUAGAUCAGCCAUCAUUCCUUAUUAAAAUAUUAUCACUAGUGUUAUAACAUACAUUUUACUCAAAUAAACUAUCAGCUGAGUGUAAACCAUAAUAUAUUAUUAAAGAAAAUUAUAAGGAAUCUGUUAUACUCAAUUUUUUAACUGUUCAGUUAUACAGCUGUACUAUUAAAUCAAUGACAUACCACAUUUAGAUAUACUACUACCAAUGAAUGACUAAGGGCUGUUAAUCUGAUUAUUAAACCCAAUUUAUGGUUGAUAACUGACCACAAUUGGUUGAUUAUCUUAUAAACUCCAUUUAAAAAUCAACAUUUAUGUUGGUGAGACACGGCCUAAGUAACUUAAGUUAGGCAACCAAAUUAACAUAACAACAAACUUUAUUUUAAGAAUACUGAUAAAUUGUAUUGAUUUGGUUGCUAGAGGAGCUAAUUUUGCUAAUACUAUAUUUUAGUGAAUUGGUUAUUCUAAAUCAUUCUGUAAUAUAUUUGUGUUUUAUUUAGCAUUUUUAAAUAAUUAUAUUAUGGUUAAUCAUGGUUAUAUUAUAAUAAAAAUAUACAAACUAUAGUUCAACUAUGGGAAAAGGACUUAGCUUUAGUAGUGAUAAAUAAAAUUAUUUUGUUUUGAUUAAACUACUAAUAUUAUUGAGUAAUCUAUAAUAGUUAUAGAAUUGAACAAAAUGUUUAAGAUAAUAUUAAUUUAAGUAAUAUUAACAUUUAUUUUCAUGAAUGAAGAUUUAGUUUUGUUCCAUCAUUCUAUAUUACUAUUGUUUUAGUUAAAAAUUUUAAAUGCCUACCUAUUAUUUUUUUCCUUAAAUGUAAUUCAUAUUUGAUCAUUUUUAUAUAUAUAUAUAUAUUUAAUUUUGUUUCUUUAUGAAUAUGUUUUAUUAGUAACCUGAUAAUGGUGCAAUUUUCAUUCACAUGCUAUUCUUAGAAUAGUAUAUGAAAUUAUUGUAAUUUCUAAAUAAUUUACCUUUAAUUAUAAAUUAUUAAAUGAUAAUGGGUUUUUUACAUUUUAUAAAUUAAAAGUAGACCAUUUUAUAGUUCACAAUUUAGUUUAAAACUAAAAUUUAAUACUAUUUAACAAAAACUAAACAUUAAAUAAGUAUAUUGUUAUUCAUUGUAUUGUUUUAUAGGGAUCAAAGGCUUGUCCAAGUACACCAACCAGUCAUUGUCUCAUUCAGUAUGUUCUAUUUCCACCAAAUAUAUCACAUAAAUUUCGAACAAAAUAUAAUGAUAAUGUACAUCAGAUUACUUUAUUGAAAAAAAAAAAUGUAGAUGAUAAAUCAACAUCAACAUCAUCAAUUGAAGAUGCAAGUCAAAAACAAAAAAAAAAUAUGAUCACUUCAGAGUCUGGUGAUAGUAAUGAUUGUUAUUCACUGCCAACUACAGAAGAUGAUUAUCAGUUGAUAACUGAAUGUUGGAUUGAGCCACAACAUGGAUUGGUAGUGGUCAAUAAAAAACAAAAUAAUAAAUAUAUGGUUGGAUUGAAUUAUGAACAGUUAGCAGAUGCGGUGAGUAAACAUUGCUAAUAAAUUUUGAUACAUAUAGUAGACUCUUAGUAAUCUGGCAGAUACCAGAUCAUAAAUACAUAUUUUUACUUAUUGAAAAACCUUAAUUUUAUUAAAAUAUGUAAAUAAUGCAUACAUACUGAUUUAUGCUAAUGCAAUACAAUAGUUUACUAAGAGUCUAUUGUAUUUAGAUGGUUUGAUUAUUAAAUACAAUUUGGUUAUUUAAACAAUUAUGUAAAAUAUGUAAGAUAUUGAUAAUAAUUUGAAUCUACAAAAGAUCAUAGGGAUUCAUAAGAGUGAUAAUUAUAAUAAAAAAGUUUAGAAGUAAAAAUAAGUGCACAUAUUUACAUUUUUAUUUUAUACUAUCACAAUACUUGUAAAAUUAUAAAUUAUUUCUGAUACAUGAAAUAAUUAUGAUUAACCAAUAGAGAUGAUUUUCAUAUGAAUAUAUCUUUUUAUCUAUUGGUUUUAUUGAGUCAAAUGAUAAACAAUUGAUAAAAAUGAACUCACACUCUUAAUAAAAUAAUACAAAAAAUUUACUCUAACAACUCAUGUUAUUAUUUUAGCAACUAAUUUAUUUUAUAUUUCUUAUAAUAAAUGAUCAGUAUUUUGUAAAUUGGCUAUCCAAUGUUUAACUAUUUAAGGUGAUAAAUAGGACACACUGUUGUAGAUGAGAAGUUGGGAAACAUUCCCACUGGUAUUCUGAGUGAAGUGAGGAAUGUAUUGGUUUUACAAUGGUGUUUAUUAUUUUAUAUUAUUUUUGUUUUUUUUAUACUGUGUAAAAAUUCUAUCAGAAAUCUUGCUCCAAAGUAUCAAGCAUAGCACAUUUUCUGAAAGGGAAUUUUCCUAGAGUGGUACUUUAAGGUCAUUUUUUUUUCCAUCUUUAAGAAUAUGUAUAAUGUAUAAUGCUUAAGAACUCAGUGUAUUGUAUUUAUUGUUAUGAUUAUCAAAAGUACAUGAAAUCUUUAAAAAAUAAGUAGUGAUUAGAGCUUGGUAAAUUUUGUAUGAUUUGGCUUAUUUUAAUUCAAUCAAUUACCUAAUUAAUAAAUUCUUAAUUUUAUAUUAUAUUAUUUUUGAAAUACUUAUACUAAAAAUCACUAUUGACUAAUCAAUAAUAUGAAAAAAAAAUAUUAGUUAUAUUUCAAUAAAAUUACUCUAGGGUGUAAGAGAUAUGGAAAACAAAGUAAGAGACAUUUUUUUAAAUUUACUAUAAUGACAUAAUUAUGAACAAUUAAUCAAUAAAAACUGUAACAAUCCAUAAUGUUUAAUAUUAAGUCUCAAAUAUACAUUGUUAUACAUUGUUCUAAAGCUGUAAAACAAUUUAUGUAAAAUAUUAAUUUUUCAGAUCUCUCUUGAAAAAAAUUUGGAAAUUGGAGCUUAUUUCCUUUUACCUUCUAAUCAUUAAUAUAUUCCAAUAUUAUCAAUAUUCAUAUUUAUUUAGUUUUUUACAAAUUACAUUUUUAAAAUACUAAAUAAAUACUUGGAAACUUAAUAUGUUAUGUUGAAAUAAUGUUUACAGUAAUAGUUUUGAAUGAGUAUGAACCUUAGUAUUUUUUCUAACACUUGCUAUGUAUGUCGUGUUGUUCACCCUAAUAACUAAAAAAAUAAUCUUUAUUGUAGGCAUAACUCAAGUUUAUUUUGAAAAAUAUAUUUAUUGAUAUUUAUGAAAGAAAAAUAAUAUUAUCAUGAAGUACUGUAAAAAAAUAAAUAAAUAACCAUGCCUAAUAGUAUUUAAACACUUAGAAAUAUUUUACAUUUUUAAUUAUUUUAUAUUUUUGUACAAGUAGUUAUUCAUUUUUUUUUAUCCUCUUACACAUUUUUUAAUAUGACUAAUGCUUAUGAAUUAUAUUAAAAAAAAACAUUUUAUCCAUAUAUGAUGUCACACUUUAGCAAUUCGUCUCUUAUCAGUUAAAUUAUUUUAUUUUUUUUAAUCCACAAUUUAAUUAGUUAGUUAAACCAUGAACACUAUGAUGGUUUUAAAAUGUUGAGUCUAGAAUAUUGUCCUCUUAUAGUCAAGACCCCUCUUUUCCUUUUAAAGUAUAAUAAUACUAAAAAUAGCCAAGUAUAAUAAUAUUAGGCUAUUUUUAUUAGGCCACAAUUGUAAGUUUAAGUUUAAUUAAGUUUUAUAGUUAUUAAACAUUUAUUUUAGGCAUUAUUUAUAAAAGCACACAUUAAUUAUAUAUCUACCUAUAUACCUAGCAUAAUGUGACAAUUAGUAUUAAAAUAUAAUCACAAAAGAAUAUUGUGUUAAUUUGUUUCAACUACAUCUUAGUAUCUAUAUAUUAUAAAGAAGUUGUAGUGAAAUUUGCGAAAUAAAUUACAAUAUAAAACUGUUGAUCUAGACAGUACUUAAAUAAUAUGAUGAAUUAGACCAAUAUAUAAUUAGACCCCUUAUAAAUUAUUAAAAACUAUAAUAUCAUUAUGGGAAGCCGUAAUAACUUGGAAUGCAUAAUUCUAGAACAGGUGUAUUUUUUCAAAAAAAAAUAAAACAUAAAAUUGUUAACUGUAUUCAUGAACCUUAAAAAAAAGUACAUACUUUGCAUGAUGGGUGCUGUUGUAGGUGAGAAGUUAGAAAUUUAAGAUAUAGAGGAGAAUUUAAUGUGGGUAUAUAUGUAUACACUGAUCAAUCUUUACUAAUGAAGAACGAUUCUGAGCAAUUUAUAUCAAAAUUUGAUAUUAAAUUCUUAAAAAGUAAUAUACCACAUCAAACUCAAUAUUUUUUUUUUUUUUUACCACAAAGUAUGACCUAUAAUGAACCUACUGUUAAAUUAUUAAGGAUUUCUGUUUAAUCUAACAAUUUUAUCCACAGAGAACCUAAUCAAAUACAAAUAAUUAUCUAAAAAAACAAUGUCUCUAAAUAGCUUAAAAAUGGCUCAAAUAUUUGAAAAUUGUAGAAAAGGCAAAUACAAGUUUUUUUUCCAAAUUUCAAGUCUCUAUGAAUAUUUUAAAUUUAAUUAAAACAAAAAAAAAAAAAUUGAAAAUAAUACAUUUUGUAAUUUUUAAUAAUUAAAUAGGCAUUAUAUAUUUUUUUUAAUAAUAUUUGUCUAAUUUUAUAUAGAUUGAUAUAAUCCUGUUUUUCCCAAGUUUUUCCAAGUUUACCUAUGUUUUUCAUAUUUAUUGGGAAAACUCCCAGAAAAAUAAAAAAUUGACCCUGAAAUGCCUAUCUAAUCAGAUUUCCUUUCAAAAAAAGUGCUAUACUUGAAAAUCAGUAAAAAAUCGAUGGUGGAAAAGUUGUUCACAGAAAAAAAAUAAAAUAAAUGUCAUUGUAAAACCUAUACAUUCCUCGCUCUGCUCAGAAUCUAAAACUAUUAGGUAUGUAGGUAAGAAUUAAUAUAUUGUAAACUAUAGAAUAGAAAUGUAUCUUAUUAUUAUUAGAAACCAAAAUAAAAAAUUACAAAACUAAGAUGAACAAGAUAUAUACUAUAAGUUAACUAUAUAAGUUUAUGGUACAUUAAUCAGUAAUCAGUAAUUACCUACCACCUACAAAAUGUUCACCAUCUAUACACCAACCAUCAAAUUAUUUUAGAAACUGUUUUACCCCCUUUCUUCUAGGAAUUUUUGCCUCUUAUAAUAAUUCCCAGAAAUAGACAUCAGACUGUAUAUUUUAAUGAGUUGGGAAAUUAAUUAAUUAAUAUAUUUAUUUAUAUGUAUUAACUAUUUUAAUAAUUUUGAUUAGUGUUUAUUUUCAAUAAUUUUAUUAAUAAAAGAGGAAUUAGGAAUAUUUGUUAGUCCAAAUUUAUAUUCAAUACCUCAAUACCUAGGUACCUAUCAAUUGUUGUACCUAGAUUAUAAAGUCUUAGUAGAAUAUAAUAAUAUAUACUAUUAUAAAUAGUAUGUUUAAACUAUUUUUUUUUUUUUUUUCAUUAAUCCAUUUUAUUUUAUGAGUUGACAUCGUUUUAUCUGUUCACCUGAACAAAUAAACCAAUAUUUAUUCAUUGAUAAUGGUAGCAGGUUUUUUGACCCUCCCAUUCAAUGCACUAUUGUGGGAUAUGAGUGUGUAAUUUUUUGUUUACCAUACAUCUAUAUAAAAAAAAACAUGUCAUCAUUGGUGUGUAUUCGGUAAGCAUCUAAAGAAUUAUCAUAUGCAGAUAACACAGUAUGAAAAAUAAAAAAUAUAUAUUCAAUGCGUCAUAAUAAUAUUAAUUAUGUACAGAGCGAUUACAUUGUUUUAUUAUGAACUUUUAAGCGUUAUACGAACAUUUUAAGUAAAUUUGAUUUUGGAUUUUUUUCCAGAUAUAAGUUAUAUGAAAGUUAUUUAUUAUGUUAUUAUUUAUAAUAUUUUCGAUAUUUUACCUUAUGACGUAUUGCAUAGGACAACAAAUUUAUAACAUAUUUGUCUAUUAACUUUUAGUUUUAAAAAUAGGAUGCAUAUGCCAAAAGAAUGUAUUUUCCUAAAAAUGUCUGUAACUAUUCAUAUUUAUGCACUUAUAUUAAACAUUUACCUAUUAAUUAGAUUCACUUGAGUCUUCAGUGUAAUUGCAUAUCAAUAGAAAAUUAUGUUUCUUGAUGAAGAUCUUGCCUCUUAAGUGCAGUCAGUAAUAGGAGGACUGCAUCCCUCCUCAAUCCUCCUGGGUUGUACUAUCUAUAGUCAUAGUUGUUACUUUAUAGGCUUGAGUGAGUUAAUAUUUUAAUAGUAAAUAAUAUAAUUGUAUUAUACAGUGUAUUCAAUAUUCAAAAUAAAAUAAUAUUUCCUCCCCUUCACCCCCUUAGAAGAUUAAUAAAAUCCACCACUUCAUAAAAUAAUAUUAUUAUUAAAACAAUUGAAAAUACAUAUCCCAAAAUGUUUUCAGUACUAUUAUUUAUUGUUAUUAUGUUUUUUUUUAUAAUAAAAAAAACCUUAAUAAUCAAUACUUUUCUGUGUUAGAACAAAUUGAAAAAACACCAAAUAAUUUAAAUUUCAUUCUAUAUCUAACAAUUGUAACUAUUGUAAUUCUAAUUUUAAAAUUAAGUUUGCUAUAGUUUUCCCAAAUUUUUUUAUUGAAAUUUAACACAAUAUUUACCUACUUGUGGGUUUAUACUAUAUUAUUUUUAAAUAACCAUGGUGAGGUGAAGCAAUGAUUUUUAAAUAAUAUUUGAAAUUCAUAGUUAAUUAUUUAAAAAUGUGUAUGUAUAACAAAUUUUUCGAUUUUUCGAAGAGAUUUCCCAGAAAAUGUGAAAAACCGGGUUGAUUUUAUUGCUUUGGUAACUCUAUAAAUUUCAUAUUAUGAUAAAAUGAUUUCAACUAUAUGCGUUUUCAUGACAACAAUGAUUGUUUAGAAAGAUUAAAAUAAUAACAAAAAUACAAAUAAAGACGGUAGCCAAUGACAACCUUAUUUUUAAUUUUUCAAUAUUUGUUAACCUAAAGAACCAGGUUUUCCUCAUUAUCUCGAAUAUUAAUGAGAAUUUCACAAAAUGCUCUUUUUAAAAUACCACCCAGAGAUAUUUCCUUUCAGAAAAAAGGCUAUACCUGAUAAUUGAAGUAAGUUUUCUGGUAGAAAAAGCGUUAACAUAAAAAAAAAAAAAAAACUUCAUUGUAAAAUCAAUACAUUCUUCGCUCCAAUCAAAAUUUAAUAUGACGAACAUAUUUCGCAUUUAUUGAAGUUGGGAAGGUAGGAUAUAGAGGGGAAUUUAAUUUAUGACUGUAUGCAAUGAUAAAUCAUUGCUAACAAAAAAUGAUUCUGAGCUAAGUUCAGUUGAUAUAAUGUUGCUUUGUUAACAAUAUUGGUGUACAUGUUUUAAAAGACCACGAAUUUUAAUACGUCCCCAUAAAUAUUUUUAGUUGAAUUACAAAAAAAAAAAAAUAAAAUAAAAUAAAAUUGAAAAUAAUACAGUUGGUAAAUUUUCACUUUUUUUCCAGAUUUUGUGUAAUUAUUAUCAAAAUCACUUAGAAAAUAAAAAAAUUACCUCCCUUUAGUACCAAUUAGAUAAAAUUGUCUUUCAAAAAAAGUGCUAGACUUGAUAUAUUGGAGCAAGACUUUUGGAAAAGUUGUUAACAGAUAUAAAUUUAAAAAAAAACAUUGUAAAAUCAAAUAAUCAUCACUACUCUCCAAAUUUAAAAGUCUCUCUCAAAUCAAUGUGGCCCGUGACCUGUUGAAAGUUCUUUAAGUGGUUCAUACAGUCAAUAAGGUUGAGAAACACUGGUUUACCGUUUUAAGGAUUGUGAAAAUGUUUGUUCUAUUCAACUACUUAGAAAUUCAUUAUAUUAUUAAAAAAAAAAAAAAACAUUUUACAAUAUACAAUACAUAAGAUAUACAAGUACAUCGCGUGAUAAAUGAUAAAAAUAACAAAACUACAUACCUGCGUAAAACUUUUUUUAAGUAGGUAGUAAGAACAUACAUGUACAAAGCACUAAAAUUUAUCAGAAUUCUAAGAUUAUAUUAUAUUAUCACAUGUCUUACGAAAAACACUUAAAAAUUGAUUAAUCAUUAUUUAUUACUUUACAGUUUUUAGCAAAACUGUUUCAGCAUGCAGAUAUUGUUAAAACAUAAUAUAAUACGAUAAAUUAAAUGUUUAUAAUUUAAGAUUCUGUCUUGUGUAAUUUUGUUUUGUCUUUGCAAUUUUUAGGCUAAUUUUUGAUUGAUUCAAUAACUUGAAUUUAUAGCAAUUUGAACACAACUGGUGUACUUUAGAAAAGUUUUUAACUAAAUAUGUCUUCUUGUUACUUUACAUGAAUGUUACUCUCAUUUUAGAAUCUGAGCAAAGCAAGGAAUGUGUUGAUUUUACAAUUAUGUUUAUUAUUAUUAUUUUUUAUCUAAACAACUUUUCUAACAAAAAUUUUACUCCAAUGUAUCAAGUAUAGCAAUUUUUUCUAUUUGACUUUUAAGGAAGAUCAUUUUUUUGAUUUUCCAAGCGAUUUUCGUAAUAUCUGAGAAAAAUCUGGAUAAAAUGUAAGAAAAACGGGAAAUUUUUGUUUUUUUUUAAGCUUUUAUAGAUAUUUUAAUUUUACCAGUUUUGCACGUAAUUAUUAUUAGGUAGGUACUCUGUGGUAAAUUGUUAGACUUAACAGAAACGCUUGAAAAUUUAACAAGAGGUUCAUUAAGAGUCUUACAUUGUGGUCAAAAAAAGACAAUUUGAGUUUAAUGUAGUAUUUUUUUAUAUAAAGAAUUUUAAUAUCAGAUUUUUUCGAAAAUCGUCGAAUAAAAAUUAUGUGGAACAAAUCUAGUUUUUAAAUUUUAUUUUUGAACAUUCAUAUAUUGCCGAUUUAAGAACUAUGGUAAAGUCAGAAUUGAGCGAACUGAUUAAGUUUCGAAAUUAUAGCUUUUUGAAGUUUAUUAUACAGAUAUUAUAUGUUAUGUUAAAUAACUAAAUAUUGUCUUUUUUAAAGUAGUUGGUCGUAGCUGAAUGGUUAUUUCCCAGGGAUAGUGAGUUCGAUCUCGUGUUCCGUAAAAAAAUAUUUUGUAUUUUUUUCUUCUUUUACCUAAACAAGGAAAAAAAAUGCAUUUUGGGUGACCCAAGCCAUCGUUCACUCGGAUUAUUUUAAUCGAAAAAUUCUCCUCGAUUAUUUGUUAUGCAAAUUUUUCUACCAGAAAUCUUGCUCCGAUCUAUCAAGUGUAACUUAUUUUCUGAAAGGAAAUUUUGGAAAUCUCAAUGGUAAUUUAUUGAUUUUUUAAGUGGUUUUCAUAAUAUCUUAGAAAAACCGGGAUAAAAUGUCAAAAAAAUUGAAAAUAUAUGAAAUGUAGGUGUUAGUAAAAAAAUAUUAUGGCCUUUUUUUCUGUGUACAACUUCUCUUUUAGGAAUAUUUGUCGUGAUCUAAUGGUUAUAUAUGUCUAUUAUCAUUCAAGUGGUUCAUGAGUUCAAAUCCGAGUUUCGAACAAAAGUUAGCAUUUUUUUUUCUUGUAAACAACUUUUCCACUGAAAAUAUUGCUCUGAUUUAUAAUAAUAUCACUUAUUCUGAGAAGAAAUCUGACUGAAAAAGUUCCUUAGGGUGGUCAUCUUUCGAUUCUUCCAAGAGUUUUCCCAGCAAAUGUGAAAAACCGGGAAAAAACAUGGGAUAGCCGGAAAUAACGCAGGAAAAACGGGAAAAUCGGUACAAUAUUAAACAAAAAAUAUAUAAUGGCUAUUUAAUUAUUUGAUCAUAAUAUGAUAUAUAUAUUGUUGAAAAAUUAUCACUAUCAACUGAACUGCACUCAGAAUAGUUUUCUCGUUAGCAAUGGUUUAUCGUUGCUUACAGAUAUACAUUUAAUUAUCUAUAACAGUGGCUGCAACUGACCCCAGUAUCCUGGGACGUCUUUUUUUUUGUUUCAUUUUAUUAUUUGGCCUGUGCUAAAAAAAAAAAUCGUUUAGUUGAUUUGAUACUUUGAUUAAUUAAUAUUAUCGUGGAAGAUUCAUUUAGACCGUGUAGAACAAUGUAUACCAUGCGUGUAUAUAUUGGACUAGCUUUCAUAUAAUAAUUGGGUACUCUGAACUAAAAGCUCCACUCCCUUAUUAAUUAUUUGUAUUGAAAGGCAAUCGUGUGUUGACUUGAUCCCGCAAGUGUAUGUAGAAUAACCCAUUCGUAAUAGACUUGUCUACUAUUGUCAUUAUCAUCGCUCGACGAUCGUCAAGUACAAAUAAGAAUAUUAUUUUUAGCGCAUAAUAAUAUUAAAUAUUGUGCAAUUUUUAAUUUAAAGACAAAAAAAACUGAUACUGGGACGGGUGCAGCAAUUUUUGUUUGUGUGAAGUUGGAAAGGUAGAAUACAUAUAACGUUAAAUAAUUUAUAUCUGUAUACGUAGGGAUAAACUAUUGCUAACGAUUCGGAGCAAAAUUCGGUAAGCCAUAUUUUAAAAUGCCUUAAUUUUUAUGAUUUUCGUCAAAAUUUGAUCUUAAAACGCUUAUGAAAAACAAUCCAAUUCAUUAACUCAAAUUUGUUUUUAGACCACUAAUAACAACAUAUUAUAAUGUAACUUGUGUUAAAUUUUCAAGCAUUUUUCUAAAGACGUAAAAUUUUAACAACAAAUACCUACCAAAUAAAAAUACAUAUAGAGUAUGUUUUUAUCGUUUAUCAGCGAUUAUCUUAGAGGAUUUUAAGUGAAUGAGAUUUCUGUUUUUUUUUUUUUUUUAUUGUAAAUCGUUUAAGCUUUAUUUUAAAACCAUUUUUAAUAUUUUACCCCCACUCAAUAUACAUCUUAAAUAAGUACAUACUUUUGUUUUUCAAAUAAGAACCCCCUUUUUGGACAUAGAUUCGAAUAGAGAAUAUUUAUUUUUAGAAAUAUUGGUAUGCAUUACCAAAUAUCAGAUUUAACGUUUAUGAGUUAUAACUGUUUAAUGUUUAGACCGGAGGAGUAGGGAAGGAUAAUAAAUUGCAUAUCUGUUUUAGAUUCUGAGUGGAGCGAAAAAGCUUAUGGUUUAACAAAGAGGUUUUUUUUUUUGUGGACAACUUUUCUAUCAGGGGGCUUACUCCGAUAUUUACGUGUAGCAUAUUUUCUGAAAUGAGUUGGUAUGUGGAGGUCCCUUUAGGGGAGGUCAUUUUUCGAUUUUUCAAGAGUUUUCUCAUCAAAUGCAAAAAUAAACGGGAAAAUGUACGAAAUAUAGGUAUAACUAAAAUGAUGAUGGCCUUCUUUUUUUCUGUGGACAAUUUUUUUCCAGCAAUUUCGGUCUAAGGGUGGUUACUUUACAGAGGUCGUUUUUCGAUUUUCUCCGGAGUUUUCUCAUCAAAUGUGUAAAACUGGGAAAAAACAUGGGAAAAACGUAGGAAAACCGGGGAAAUCGGUACAGAAUUAAACAAAUAUUAUAAAAUAAAAUGUAUAGAGUUUAUUUAAUUAUUUUACUAUAAUAUGGUAUAUAUAUAUUGCUGACAAAGCAUCACUGUCAGCUGAACUUCGCUCAGAAUCGUUUUCUCGUAAGAAAUGGUUUAUCGUUAUUAACAGGUUAUUAACAUUAAAUUGCCUAUAACGGUGGCUGCACCCAUCCCCAUUAUCCUAGGAGGUAUUUUUUUAAAUGGUAAGUUGAUAACUCUUCUGUAUUCUUGAAAUCUACCCUACAAAAUGUCCAUAUAAGUAUUUUGUAAAAAACAGGUCUCUACAAAUUUAAAAAUGGGCAGGAUUGGCCAUAUUUUCGACGGAGCCGUCCUUAUGGGGAGAAGAACCCAGGCUUUAGCCUCGCGCUUUUAACUUAGAUUUGGGACCAAGCGUUAACAUAAAAAAAAAAAUUGCUAAUUUUGGUACAGUAGAUUAUUAAAAUAUUUAAAAUUUCGCUUUGGGUAUCGCUAAUCUUAAGGACAGGCGUAAAUUUUUUACCAUGUUCAUUCCAUUUUUAUGGUUAAAUUAUAUAUAUACUCAAAUUCUGAUUUUUGAAAUUUUUAAGUGUAAUAAUUACAGUUAGUAUAGGUACACGGUUACUAUUUUGGACUUUUGUAGCUUGGUAGGCAUAAAACAAAAUAUCAUUAUAGUAAACGGUUUAGUUGAUAGGUAAUGAAGGUAAUACCUAAUUUAUUAGAAACUAUUUUUAUUUCUUAUCAAAAUGGGUGGACUUGUGUUUGUCCAAAAUUAACCUUAUAGCCAUCAUAAACAAAAUAAAAUAACAUUUUGGUUAUCAUUGUCUGUGAGUGCGUAUAAUACGAGUGAUGUGAAACAACGAAAUUAAUUCGACUUAAAGAAACUGCAGAUUCGAAAUUAUACACCGUAAUACAUAUUAGAUACGUUACAGUCGAAAAUUGCACAGAAUAUACAAUUCGAAAUGGAAUUAUACACCGCAGUCACGCCAGGAUACGUGUUUCUAGCCCCACUCAAGGUUUUUUUUUUUAUUUUCUCGAGAUAUACAAAUUUUGGGAUUGAGUUCAUAAAUUCGUACAAAUUAUAAAGGAAAAAAUGAGUCUUUUCUUGAUGUUUGUAGGUUUAAUUUCUUGGAUGUGAAUAAUUUAGCUUUUUUACUGAAGGCAGAUUUGGAUUUUCCGGGAGGCCAUACCCUGUAACAUUCUGUAAUCCUGCUUCUUAAAUAAGGAAAUUGUUUAACUUGGUUAAGCUUGUGAUUAUUUAGAUAUAUCUGGGCUAUUAUAUCUUGUAGUUUUCUGGCUCAAACCAGUAUCUUUGUCUUAUUUUUGAUUAUUUUCAUUUGGAAAGUUUUAUGCGUCUUUAUUACAUUUCGUCGAUAGCACUUUGUGUAAUACUCAUUUUUUGUUCUUUACAUUAGGUGUUGCUACUCUUUUUCGGAUAUCUGCUAAAAAGGAUAUAUAUAUCUGGUACGGUUUGUUACAUAAAACCAGUGUCCGUCCUCGUUAAUUUGUUUCACAAUUCAAGCACUGUAGGUACUCUAUACAAUGUCUACCCGUCGCACCGCACCUGUAAUGUUAUUAUAACACCUCUCGUCUUCAUCGCGCCGCAACGGGUAGGCACACAUGCAGAAGUAUUUCGUCACCACGAUCUGUAUUUAUUCUUCGGUCGAGUAGUACCUAGGUAUAAUAGGUAUAUUAGGUAGUUCUAGGCAAACACGAAAUCGUUAUAUGUUAUCUCGCUGUCGGUGACGAAGACGGCGGUGGCGGUGUUUUGAAGGCGAGUUUAUAAUGAGAAUAACACUAUUAAUACCUUUACGCAUAUCAUUACGGUGGUUUUUUUUUUUUGUCGUCGUCGUUUCAGCAGUCAUCCGCGGUCUAUCCGCCCAUCCGCAUACUCGAAAGAUAACGGCGCGCAUGAAUUUUUUUUUUUAUUAUUUCACUUACGUUAUCUAUUAUAAUACUUACUAAUAAUCACUUGUUGUUCGAGCCACGUUCUCGAAACGCGCCCGGGUACCUAUAUAAGAGCACACGCCCCGCGUUAUUGGAUUCAUAAUAUCGCUUGUCGUAGUCUAAUCCAACGAACCGAAAACGCGUUAACAUCCAUACGGUUCUUUUUUUUACCGUCUUCUUUUGCCUUGUACGAUUUUAAUUUUUUUCAACUUCUAGUCGUAAAAGUUUUUUUGUUUUGUACUUUUCGCCGCUGUCAUCGUAAGAAUUCACUGCCUACCAUCGCCCACGAUGGUUCUCGUGUUUCGACGGUGUCUGUAAAAUAUCUUGAGUCUCGUCGAUCCGAUGAGUUGGAAGUUUGGAUCAAGGCAUGUUAUAUUUAUACGUUUUUACAUUGCGAACCGUGUAUGGAAAAAAAAAUGCAUGGUGUUUUGAUAUCGUGUACCCUGUGCCAGAUCUAACUCUUCCAGCUGAUCGGAAUCGGUAAAAUUCGACUGUUCUACUACUACUAUUAUUAUUAUUAUUAUUAUUAUUAUUAUUAUUAGCGUAAGUUAUCUAAAAAGUAGUGUCUUUUUUAUUCAUACAUAAUUAGUUUCGAUAUUGUGUUUUUUUUUAACUCGUAUAUCUUCGGUUCUAGGCAACAAGGGUUUAAGUCAAUUUUUUUAAUUUUUUUUUUUUCUCUAAUUUCACAUUUUUCCAUUUAUUUUCUAAUUUAAAUUAGGAAUGGACCGAUACCAGAUAUUCUAAUAUAUGUUACUGAUAUAAAACUUAAACCCGAUAUCUGAUAUUUAAAAUCGAAAACCACGAUUUAAUAUUGAAAUUAACAUUGGUUGAAAACCUGAUUUUUAAAUAUUUUUUUCAUAAUCCAGACAUGAUAUCGGGUCUAAUAUCGGUUUGAAAAAAAAUCGAUACGGUUAAACCGAUACCAUCAAUAUUGAUCAUUAUCAAGUAUCGGUUUAUUUAUCGUCCACUCCUAAUUUAAAUUGCAUUUGAUAAGUGUAUGUAUAUUUUCAAAAUAAGUGUUUAAGUGUUUUAUUUAGUGUACUUAUGUAUUUUCAAAAUGUAAUUUGCCUAUAUCGAAAACUAUUCAAAUUUGUAAGCCCUUCUUUUUUAGUCGAUAGAUGAUAAUAUGUGUCAUUAUUCGUUGUUGAAUUGUUUAUUUUCUUAUUUCGAAAAACGAUCAUAAAUAUUAUACUGUAUACCAAACUAUACUCAUAAUUAUUAAAUAUUGUAUUUUUUAUAAGAUUAAAAAAAAAAAUUAAUUAUCGCGUUUAAUUUUAAGUUUGUAUUUUAGUAUACAUAAGUUCGGUAGGUAUGUUUUAUUUACUCGAAUGACGUUUAUUAGUCUUUUCUUUCUUUUAUUUUUAUUCGAGUAAUCAAUCUGAGAUUUCUAUCCUAUCGUAAUUUGAUAAACUUCUUGCAGAUAAAAUUGGACUACUAUUCGGUUUUUUCAUUUUUUAACGUUAACCAAUAUUGCUUUUUUUCAUGUUAAUAUAGUCAAUACAAUUAUUAUAAUGUAAAUCUGUUAAGAAAAUUGUAAAAUAUAUUAGGUAAUAAAAUUACAAAAAUUAGUGAAUAAUAAUAAAGUUGCAGCGACCUAUUUUUCGUAUACGCAUUCAAAUGCCGAAUAUAGAAAGUGAAUUCGUGAAUUAAGUGGAGAAGUAGUCUGUUCACUAUAUUUAUGAAAAUAUUAAAAUAAAAUAUUUUGCAAAUACGCACAAGUGAGAUUCAACUCCUCCAACUUAAUUCAGUCACAACACACAACGAGAAGAUCGACGGAGAGAAAAAUAUGGUCGCUGCUAAACAUUUUUUUCUUAAUCGUAUUUUCGUGUUAUACAUUAGUAUCGUGAAACGUUUAAAAAUGUGCAGAAUUCGUAAUUAGCAAAAAAAAGGUAAAUAAUUAUAUUGUUCAAAAUACCCAAUUGUAUAAAUAUACAAUAUAUAAUUAUAUAUUAUUAUUAUAUAUUUGUAUAUAUAUAUAUAUAAUAUAAUAUAAUAUAAUAUAUUAUGAAUUAUCAUAGAUAAAUAUUGAUCUCAAAUACAUUUAGUUUAUUAUACGAGUACUUAUAUAUUGUCUAUAAAAAAAAAUUGUAUGAAUUGAAUAUGGUAUUAUCUUUGUACUUAAUUCUUACCAUACAUCGCUGUACAAUAAAAGUAAAAUAAUUUUUAUCUUUUAAAUAACAUUGAGUACCUACUUCAAUGAUAUAUUAGUUUGUAACUUAAUAACUAAUUUAUAUUGCAGUGUUAUCCUUCUAUUUAUCUUUAUAGCAUCCUUAUUAAGAAGAUAAGAAGGUUUAUUUAUGUUUACUUUGCAGCGGCACUUGAGAACAGUAUUAUAUAUUAAUCUUAACUAAUAUAAUAUAAUAUUAUUCAUUAUGUUGAAAUAUCUGCAGCUAUGAUUAUUGAUAUUUUAUGAGGGGAAAAUGCUGUAAUAAUGUAUAUAUCAAAAUAUUUGGUAUUAUAUAUUACAUACUAAUAAGUAUUAAUUACUUAUUCUUAGUGAUUUAUAAAUAAAUUAUUACAGCCUUAUUGACAGGAUGAAAAAAAUAAAAGAUUUGCGAAUAGCAAAUUAGCUGUUUCCAAUUGUUUCAGAAAUUCUCAAUAUUUUUUUAGAUUCAGAGCGUAGUCAGAAACAUUUAAAAACACAUAAUUAUAUAAUAUACAUAAUUAAAUAAUUAUACAAAAUUAUUGACUAAGUAUAUUGUUGUUGUUUAUAUUCUAAAAUAAAAUAAAAUAAUGUUAUACUUAUUUAUGUUAUUUGUAGUUUUGAGUUCCUUUUUUACAUUAAAUUUUGUUUUAUUUGUUUAUUUAAGCUCUGUCCAUAAGAAAAAAUUAUUAUUAUUUUGAUUAUUAAAUGACAAACAUUCUUUUGACUUCUCUUCUAUUUUAUUGUAUUUUUUUAAUAAUUUAAUCUGAGCUUUUUUAAAUUCUGAAUGAAUCAAAUAAUGACAUUAUUUAUUGUGUUGUUUUUAAUUUCUGAAAAAUAUAAUUGAAAAUGUUACAAAUUAAUAGUUAAUUAAAUAUUAAUAUAAUUUUUAGAUAAUAAAUAACUAAAACUUAAAUGUAUAACUUAAAAUGUAUGUGUAAUGUAAAUAAAUAAAUCAAUUUAUUAUACCCAUUCAAACAAAUAUUGUUUCAUUAUGACUUUUUAAACUUAAUUUAACUUUGAGAUUCAAGUAUUUAUUUAUUUAUCAUACUGAGAAACAUUUCAAAAUUAACAACUAAUAAAUAUAUAAUAAACACAAAAUUCUAAUAUACACAAAGAGGUCAAAGGUGUAAAUUUAAAAUAGUGAAAUUACAAUAAUAAGGAUAAUAAUAAUAAGUAUUUAUACAAAUUUGAUUCAGAUAGAGAGGUUAUAAUUUUAGAUUUGGAUGUCCAAGUUUGAGAUCCACUGGAUUGCUUCUGAUGUGGCCAUGAGAAGGUUGUUAAUGCUUUCAUUGAAUGAUCUCCUUGGGCAUUCUUCAACAAUGUGUUCAGUUGUUUGUAUCAUACUUCUGCUGUCACAUUUUGGUGUAAGUCUGAAGCCCCAUUUAUAUAGCAUUUGUUUAGUUUUACCAUGCCUUGUUCUAAUUUUUUUAAAUGUAACCCAGCCAUUGAGCUGCAAGUGGAACCCUGGUUGUCUGAUCGUUGAAUUUUCGAUGAAUGUUCAAUAUAUCUGGGUUCUCGUCGUUCCAUUCCUUAAUCCAUUUGGCAUUUGGGUAUUGAGCAAGUCUCCGGGGAGGUUUACGAAAUUUUAGUCCUUGUUUUUGGUUGCUUCACAUAAGUUAUAGUAAUAGAUUUAAUUAAUAGUACAAUAUGGUCAGAUAAUGAACUAUUACUAUCAAUUGUAUUACAUUUAAGUGAAUCAAAUACUAAAGUUGUUCAAAAAAUAACACUUUUGACUGGAUAGAUAAUUUAUUAAUAGUUUUAUUUUGAUAAUUCUAAGAUUUUAAAAUUUAUUCAGUAUGAAACAUAUUAAAAUGAAAUAACAUUACAUCAAUAAAUAAUAAAUUACAUCAAUAGUUGAAAUUAAUAUAUUCAGUUUAAAAGUAAGCACAAUAUUGGAAAUGUUGUUAAUCUGGGAAAAAUAAAUUUAAUUUAACAUUAUAAUUGCAUACGCAUUAAUACCAAACAGAAAUAUUUAAUCAUACAAUUAAAAAAAAAAAAUCAUUGGGUAAACAAUUAUAUUAGGAUAUAAUAUGUUGUAUCUAAUAUUCAUAUACAUAAUAUACAAAAAAAUAAAGUAAUUAAAUGUAUUUUGUAAUAAAUGCGUUUUACAUUUUGAUUAAUAAUAUACCUGAUGAUGAAUUUUUAAUUCAAUAAUAUACUUAUCAUAAUAUUCUACGUGACAUAUAAUUAAUUAAUUAAUUUUAUUUUUAUGUAUAUAUUUUUUAUUUAUGUAUUUAUUUACCAUAUAUAUUUACUUUAUUAUUUUAUUACAUAAUAUACUUAUUCAUAUUCAUGUACAACUAUGAUAAUAUUAGAUCAUUGUUAAAAAAUUUAAAUAAAAUUAAUAUAAAAUAAUAUCACUAUAUAUAAUAACCUCAGAACAUUAGUAUUAAAGAAAUAUGUUAUACUCGUAGUUUUAAAUUUAAGAAGUGUCACUAAAUAAUUAUACUAUAUAUAUACACACACACACAAAUUUGGAUUACCUAUUUUAUCCUGUAUCUACUUAUAAUCUGUCAAAAUGGGAGACAAAAAUUUUCGGAAUGUAACUAUCCGAAUUAAUAAAAACCCGAAAUUCAAAAAUCUAGAACCCAAUAAUCCGGAAUGUAAAUUCACGGAACUUAAAAAUCUGGAAUAUAAAAAAGCCUCAACGUAAUAUUCCGGAAAGUAAUUUUCUAGACCGCAAUAAUCUGAAACGUAAAAACUCGGACAGAUUAGUAUUUAAUCUUAAGAGAACGCCACGGUCAUUUUCAGUAUUAAAAACACGUCUACGCAAAACAUACGAAGCGAACGGCAUUAAAAAGUGGUAUAGAGUAAAAAUACCUAUUAUGAAAUUUAUAGAUAACAAUAUUUCGAAGGGAAUCUCAUAUGCGUUUUUGAAAUAUUUAAUAUUAAAAAAGUUACAGUUACAUAAAAAAUGUAAAAGCAGCUUUUGAACCUUUUAUAUCGAGCUGUAUAUUUAAAAUAUUACAAAACCCAUAUAAGGUUUCCUCUGAAAUAUUCUUCUCUAAAAAUCUCAUAAUAGGUAUUUUUACUCUAAAAUCACUUUUUUAAAUGCCGAUUCAUUUGUUUUGUGUAAACAUUUUUAACGUCGUAAAAUAUUAAUUUUGUUCCGGCACGUGCUGCUCCAAGCAGCACCGUGAAUUCCAACGUUGUCGUAAUCAGUGGCGCCUCUCUUCACUACAACACAGUGGCAGUGUAUACAUUUCCGCGUGAUUAUUCAUUUAUACUUUUAAAAUUAUGCCAAAUAUAAAAUGCUGAAUAUAAAAAAAAAAUAUUAUCGAUUAGAUAGUUAUUAUUUUCAUGUUAUUUGCUAGCUUUAUAGGUACUUCAGUCGUUCAUAUUCAUAUCCUUUACUAUUUACUAUUUAUAAUUAUAAUUAAUAGCACUAUGUAUAAUAUGAAAUGGUACAUUUUAUGUUUUAAAUUUUUCAAUCCCCCCAAAUAAAAAUAUUAGAAAUGUAAAAUGAUUGUAGGUACUAGGUAGGUACCUACUAUUUUAUAGUACCGAUGUGUCAUGACAAACCAGUACAUUAUAAUAUUAUUCUCAUACUUUUGUCAUAUUAUUAUUAAUGUAUUAUAAUUAUAAAUUUUACGCUCACGUACUAUAUGAUUUUUGAUUUUUCUUGGUACUUUUUAAAUUGACGAGGGUAAACUAGAAAAAAACGAAAGAAAACAUAAAUAUUUACGCAACAACCAUUGUUCCUGUAGAUUUUGGCUUUAUUAUGAUGUGGACUUGUAUUAUUAGUUUUUCAUGUGUGUGUAAACAACUUUUCUACUAGAAAUAUUGCUCCAAUAAAAAAAUGACAAAACUUUUUUUUUAUUCUUGAUCUAGCUGAUAAAAAAGAUAAAAUAUAAAAGAUAAAAAAGUGCUAUCAUUAUAAAUUAGAACAAAAUUGUUGAUAAAAAAGUUGUGCACAAAAAAAAAAUCGUAAUAUUUUAGUAAUAUAUUUCAUACAUUUUCCGGUUUUUCCUCCCAUUUUUUCGGUUUUUCACAUUUGAUGAGAAAAUGGAAUAAUGACCUUCAUAAAGUACCACCCCACACUGAUUUUUUUUCAGAAAAGGUGUUGCACUUAAAUAUCAGAGCAAAAUUUCUGGUAGAAAAGUUGCGCACAGGUAAAACAAAUUAAAAUAAAAAAUAAAUAUCUUAGUAAAACCAUAAGCUUCUUCGCUCCACUCAGAAUCUAAAAGGUUUUUUAUCUUUUAUUUAUUGAAGUAAUAUUUACGGUUACCCUUCGACGCGAGGUAAAUAUUUGUUGUUUUACCUAAAAUUUUCUUUCGGUUUUUCUCAAUUAUUAUUAAAAACCACUAAGAAAAUCAAAAAAGUAACCUACUUAAUGCACCAAUGAGAGAAAAUUACCUUUCAGAAAAGCUAAUACAAUUCAUACUUCGGAGAAAGUUUUCUGUAGAAAAGUUGAUCACAAACAGAAAAAAAAAUACCGGGACUGGUGCGGCCACUUUUGUAAGUGGGUAGUGGGGAAGGUAGGAUACAUAGUUAUUUAAUUUAUACCUGUAACCAACUAUACACCAAAGAUAACGAAAAACGAUUUAGUUAAAUAUGUUUUGAAAGGCCAUAAUAUUUACGACUUUCGUCAAAAUUUGAUAUUAGAAUUUAUCUAUAAAAAAAAAAAUACUACUUAAAAUUCAAAUUUUUUUUUGUCUAACAAGUACGACUUAUAAUGAACCUCCUAUCAAAUGUUCAAUCAUUUCUAUUUAGUCUAACAAUUUUUUCCACAGAGUACCUACCAAAUAAAAAUUACGUACAAAACUCGUAAAAUGAAAAUGUUUACAACUAGCUCAAAUAUAGAUCAAAUAGCUUGAGAAUUUGACUACGUCUUUAAAAAGAAAAUAUAUGUUUUCUUUUAAAAUUUCAAGUUUAUAAAUAUAUUAAAUUAAAUUACGUUAAAAAAACAAAAUUGAAAAAAAAUAAACGAAUUAUUUUUUGUAUAUUUCUGAUACUUUCUGCAUUUUUUUUCGGUUUUGAUCAGUUAUCAAAAAAAAAAAAUCUCCUUUUUCACUAACUAGAUUAAAAAUUCAACAAAAAAGAUACCUUGAUAUUUUUUAAUUGGAACAAUAUUUAUUGUGGAAAACAUAAUUGUGCUUCAAUGAACUACGAGUUUUGUAUAACAAUAUAACGUUUUUUUUCAUGACCCAAAUAACGUACAUAGUGCAGAAUUUGGAAAUUAAAUAGAUUGUAAUAUGUAAUAUAAAGAGCUUUCUGGGCUUUAUUUUGGACGAAGUCUGGUUUGAUAUUGUACCGAAUACAUAAGAAAUGAAAAAAACCACAAAGCUCAAAUUAUAUACAACCUGAACAUGGUUGUACAAAAGUACAUCAUUCUUUAUGAAUGUUAAUAUAUAUACACAGGACACAGAAUUUUAACGUUACUAAUACGAACAGACUAAGAAAAUUAUUGAAAAUUAUUGUAUAUUUUUCAUCUGGUCAACUUCAUGUUCUAUUUAGAAUAGAAUUUAAAUCUUAACUUAUACCUCAUCUUCAAUAAAUAAUAUUGAUAAAACUGAAAAUGUUUUACUAAUGAUGACAAUAAAUAAUUUUUGACUCUCUUCAAAACAGAAAACGACCUUUUUCCUCUUGCAUCGAAGCAUGACAUACAAAUAAAUAUUUAAAGGCAACUUCAAUAUUAGGGAAAGUAGUGUUUAAUGAUGACAUAUUCAAAUUGGUAUAUUAACAUUCCUUGUGUAUUUUUAAUAUAUCUUUUGAAAGGUUAGAUACAUAUUUUUCAAACUGAAUGAUUUUUUUCAAUACAUCCUACUUCUAAAUCACCAGAAAAAACAAUAUAACCAAUUUUAAUGCUUUUUUUUGGUGUAAAUACAUUUUCUUGUUAGCACAUGCGGGUGUGUCUGUAGUCCCAAGGGAACAAAAAAUCAUUGAAUUCUUUGAGCCCAUUGAAUUAAUUAGAGUUAUUGCUACUGCAUCUAUGAACAUAAUAUAUUUCAUUAUAAUGCAAGAUAGUAAAACAAAAAGGUUAUGAGAUGGAUUCCAUGGUUUGGUUGUUAAUGUUUGUGUAUUAUAUAGAUUCUGUCCAGUGAUGAGCAAUCAAUGAUUUUCUGGUUUGCUUCUUCAUGUUAAGCACUAGGCCUGUUUUAAGUCUGUUUAAGAAUUUCUGGUCUAUAACAAACAGUCAAUAGACAGUCUAUACACAAAGAAUGAAUAAUUUUUAUUUUUUCUGAAUUGUCUUAAAUAAAUAGAUAAUAUUUACUUUUAUUGUAUUUUAAUGCACCUAAUAUCAGGUUUUAUUUAGACUAUAUUAAAAUCUAUUAAUAUGAUGUAUUUUAAUUAUUAGUUGUGGCGAGUGGAUUCUGAUUGUAUUGGCUCGCUGUUUACAUUUCAACAUAUGCAGCAUAUGUGCAAGGACCCAAAUAUGUCAGUCUCAGAUCUAGAUGUUGAUUUGGACAAAAGUGUUAUUGUGGAUGCUGGCCGAAUUCAUAAAUUGCCUUUUACAUUUAGUUUAGUCAAAGUACUGCCUAAAUGCAGACACCAUUCUUCGAUGACAUUUAGUCUUUUUACUAAGUGUGAAGAGGAAGGGACUGGUAUGAAUAUAUUAUUUUUACACAAAUUAUGGUCCUAUUAAAUAUAUUCAUGAUGUCUAAUUAUAUAUAUAUAUAUAUAUAUAUAUAUUUAUAUAUUUGGUUUACAGAUUUAGCAGUAAGUGUAAAAGAUCAUAAAAAAAUGAACAGCAUGUUGGAACGGUCAUUUUACUCACGUUUGCAAACAAUUAAUGAUCGAGCAUUUGAUGUCAAUGACUCUGAAUACUCUGAUGAUUCAGUAUAUAAUAUGAAUCGGCCUACAGUGAAAAUGAAUGAACAAGAAAUUGGCCAGUGUUUCAUGAAACGUGUUGAUGACACUCGUUUGAUUUUAACUAUUACUCCUUCAUAUGCUGAAGAAAAUUCCACUAUUGAAGACAACUUUUUCGAAGAUUGUGAUUUCGACCUCGAACCAUUUGUUAAUCGUUCAAGAGCUUAUACGUGGCAUUAUACUAAAAGAAACAUUGGUGGUCAGUCAAUUGCAUCAUUAAAUAUGCAUCAACAAGAAAACUCCAUGAAUUACUAUAGAACAAUGUCUGUGGGAUCCACACCCUAUUAUAGUGAUAGUAACAAUCUGACUUGGGCUCAACUUAGGCUUGACCGUAAUUUAUGUAAUUUCGAUAAUAAAGACACCAAAAAUUGUUCCUCUAGUGGUCUUGAUAGAGAUUUACAAAAUGUUCCUACCAUUAUGAAUAUUGAAGUUUAUGACUGCCGGCAACAGGACAUAGAAAAUGUUUUAACAUCGGACAGUGAUUCGUAUGACCAUACAAUAAUUGAUAAUUAUACAAAUGAGUAUAGUACUUGUAGUUCUUUAUCAAGUAGUGAUGAAGAUGAAGAAGAAAAGGAAGAAGAAAAUAUAACAAUCAAAGAACAAUUUUAUUAUAAUCAACCAGGUACUUACACAAACAUAUUUUACAUUUUAUACCUAGUAAUUAAUUCAAAUAUAUACCAUAUAUAUAUGUAUACGUGUUUUUUUAGCUGUAGAUCCAAUGUUGAUGGACAAAUAUUUACAUAAAGUUAAGUUAGUUUACAAUCACAGUUAUGUAACCACUGUGUUUCAUGCUUUACACCUAGGAUUUAAUGUCCCAUACAUGGACAUUCAACGAGCUGUUGAUCGGUGCCAGCAUCGCUUAGUUUCAUUUGAAAUUACUGAUUACCUUAAGGUAUAAUGAAUAAUGUAUUAAUUAAUUAGUUAACAUGUAUUUUUUUUUAAUUCUAUUAAUAUCUAAUAUAUUUUUGUUGAUAAUUACUACCUAUAGUAUCUUAUUUUGUUAAUAUUUGUAUUUAUUUACAAAGUUAACAGUGAUGCAAAGAUUAAUUAAUAUAUUUGACUAAAAUGUAAGCAAAAUAUUCUUAAUUAAUAUUAUAUGUGUAGGUUGUAUGUAAUCAUUUCAAAACAAAUUCUAAUAGCUGUGCUGUUUGCUCUGCGGAAAACCAUGUUUUAAAAUCUCAUCAUGAUGAAAUACACUCAACAUUUUCAUCUACAUUAGAUCGCUAUAUGUUGAAGCCUGUAUUAAGUCACCCUGAUUAUUAUUUCUACGAUUAUAUUGAGAAAUUAGUAUGUUUCAUUUUGAAAUUAUUUUAUGAUUAUAAAUUUGUUUGUACAUGUUUACUAUUUUAUUUUUAAUAAUUAACUAAUAAUUGUACAUACAUUGUUUUUUAGGAUGAAGAUGAAGAUGGUUACUGUGUUAAUUAUAGAAUGUCAGAACAUGAUACUUCACAUAAACAAGAAGUGGAUGAACAAGAUCUAUUUCCUCUAUUUGUACAUUUAGUGUGUACUGUCAAAACAAAUAAAUUAACUAAAAGUCAAUCUGUACGUUCAUUACCUACUUGUAUUUGUAAGUAUUUGAAAUAUAAAUUUUAUUUUGAGAGAUAUUGGAAUCCUGGAAACAGAUGUUUAGCUAAAUAGUAUAAGGUUUAUAUUUAUUUAUUUUUAUAUACCUAUAUAUAUUAAUAUAUUAUAGGGGGCUAACUCACAUAACUCAUAUAAUAAAAUAUAAUAUUUGGAAGAUAUAAAUAUCAAAACAAAUAUUUUUAUAUAAUAUAGAAAUUUAAUGAAUUUAGUAAAAUAUAUACCUAUUAAAAAUUGUAAAUAUUAUAGAUUACUAGCUGCCUUGGCCACGUUUUGCUAUGGUUCUGAUUCUUAUGCAUUGUAAUAAUGAUAAAGAAAUAGUAUAUUGUAGGUACCUACCUAAAUUUAAUGAAGCAGUAUUUUUUUCCGCCCCAAUUUUUAUUAUUUGUUUUACCCAUAUUCAAUUUGGUUUUGAAUGUGUCAGAAUUGAAUGAAAACAAAUAGGUAGAAAGUAGGUAGUGUUCUAUUGUGAAAUUUUUUCAUGAUUUUUACAUCAAAAAUAUCUAAACGCCUAUUAUUUUUUUCGGAGGGGAGGGGUGGAUUUCAAAAAAGGGAAGUCUAAGGUAACCUAUCAGUAAGUGGGGAAGUUUGACAUUGAGUACCAUAUUAUACUGGCAGUUUAUCUUCUAAUGUAUAAAUAUCUCUUGUCAAGGUGUUUGUGGUCAUACUACUCCAAAAUGGCUGGAUGGAUUUUAAUAAAAUUUAUUUUUUGGUUGUGGUACAACCCACCAUCUCAUUAUACAAUUCAUACACAAAUACUAAAAUCGCGAUUAAAAAUGGUAGAGGGGGGUGAGAGAGUGAAAAAUACUUUAAAACUUAUUCUCAAACCUACCUAAUAUACAAAAAAUUUUUUAUUAAAAUUAAAAUAGGCUACAAACACUAUGACACAAGAUAUUUAUUUAUUAGAUGAUUAUGAUUAAGUACGUAUCACUACCUUAUAUUUUAUAUAUUGCUAGUGUUAAUCAAAUUUUAAGAAUAAAAAAGGCGAACAUACUUGGCUAUUAUUGUAGGUGAAAAGUUAGGAAGGUAGGAUAUAGAGGGAAAUUUAAAUAAUUCCGUGUGAAGUUCAGUUAUACAUGUAUAAAAAGGCCAUAAUAUUUACAAAUUUUGUCAAAAUUUGAUAUUAAAAUUCUUAUUACACUUUAAAAUUAAAAACAAUACAUUUUGUGAAUUUUCUUGGUUUUUCUAAGUUUUUACCAGUUUUGCCCACAUUUCCCCCCAAACACAUUUAUUAUGAAAAUAGUUUGAAAAUCAAAAAAACUAUCUUCCUUAAGUAUCACCCAAGGUAAAUUUCCUUUCAAAAAAAGUGUUAUACUUAACAAGGUUUCUGGUAGAAAAGUUGUUCACAAAUAAAAAAAAAAAUAAAAUAAACAUCAUUAUAAAAUCAAUAUAUUCCUCAAUUUGAUUCGGAAUUUAUAAUAAAUCACAUUUUAAUAAUUUUAUUGCAAACAUUUAAUUUUUUAUUAAAUUUCUUGAAUUUUAGCUAGUAAUUUUAUUUUGGUUAUUCAAAUAAUUUUUUUAGCACAUAAAAUGGCACAUACAAAGCUAAACAUCAAGCAAUGUAAAACAAUUUUUUUUUAAGAAAAAUAAAUAAAUUGUUUAAAUUAUUACUGUUCAAAUCCAAUAUCUCUACUAUGUAUUGUUACUUUUCCAAUUCCAUAAGUUCUUAUUUGUUUUAUUUUAUACAUAUUUAUAUUUAGUUGAACUAUUGAAUCAAGAUGUUGAGAGUGAAUCUAUUAGAAGCUUAAAUUUAAGUAAUGUUAAAGUAUCAUUAGAUGUAUACUGUUUAAUGUUACCAAAUAAUGAUUAUGAUUAUGACUGUGAUGAUGAAGAAGAUAAUGAUGAUGAUAGAUAUUAUCAACGAAGUUAUUCAGACAAAUUACAUUUCCCAAUUAUUAACAAUUCAUUGUUAGUAAAAAAACACAAUAAUUUGUUUUAUGAUUUUUUUUUUUUCUUUAAUUAUAAUUUUGUUUUAUAGAAAACAAACAAAACAAAACCCAUUUAUUUAUUUGUGUUACUCUAUACCAUCUCGAUAUGCCCAAGGUUUAGCCGAGUUUAUAGCUGAGGUAAAAUUUAAAUCUAUUAUUAUUUAAAUCAUUUUUCUGUUGUUACUUAAUUUUAUAUUUUUAGGUUGAAUGGUGUAUGCGUGAUGAAAUGGCUGCUGGUCUAUUAAAAGAUCCAAUUGUGACACCUCACACUUUAGAAAAACUCAUAGAGCACAUUUCAAGUUCACCGAAUUCUUCAUCAAAUGAACACAGGCAAAUUCCUGUGAAUUUUGUUUUACCUACACCUCUACUACAAACUGGCUCUAAUAAAUAUGAUAGUCUUUCACAAUUUCUACAGGUAAACAUUUUUUAUAUUAUUAUUAUUACACAUUAUAUUUUUCUUGUUUCAAAGUUGCAUUUCAUUCCUACAACAUUUAAAAUAAAAUUUGUAAAAUCCAUACAUAAAAUGCAUAAUUAUUGAUAACGUAGAGAAUUAAAUUAAAAACCGAAAAAAUGCAUAAUUUAUACAGUUUAUGAAAAAAUUAUUAUCUAUCUUUUACUAUGAUGUUUACACAAUAAAUUUAAUCAAGGUAGAUAUCACUUUGAUUAAAUUAGUUUUAAACAUAUGUGGUGCUUCUAUUAUUAUUAUUUAAUAACAUGUCAUAUUAUAUUGUAAAUACAUUUCAUAAAUGUUAUCUUAUUAUGUGCUUAUAGAUUAAACAUUUUUUUUUUUCAUAAUAUUAAUAUUAUAUUAAUAAAUAUAAUAUAAAUAUAUUUAUAAUAUGCUUAAGUACUUAUGUUUAAUUUGUAUGUGUUUUAGAAACUUGACCAAUUGGAAAUAAUAUUAGAUCAUGAUUAUGAUGAUAGAUUUUACGCUAUUGAAAAGUCUACAGAAAAUACAUUUUAUGUUGUGAAAAAAGAUUUACAAUUUAGCCCUGAUAGUACAGCUUCAGAAAUUAUAAAUUAUGAAGAUACUGAAAUUAAUUUUGACCCUGAUGUUUCAUUGACUUAUUCAGAGUGUUAUAAACCUGUAUUGCCAAAUUUUUGGGUAAUAUUAAAAGUCCUAGAAGAACAAAGAGAAAAGAAUACUGAUAAUAACAAUUCAAUCAAUAAGAUAAUAGUAAAUGUAUAUUUCCACUGCAGGUAAAUAAAUUUUUAAAUCAGUUUUAAAUAUUUUAUCAAUGCUCUAUACAGGGUGUUAAGAUAGCCUGUUGAACAAAGUGGGUGGUGUUCAACAGAUUUUUUUAGAGCUGUUAAUAUUCAUUUUUUUUUUCAAUUUGCUUUUCUUUGAGAGGAACAUUUAUUGAAAGAAAAAUUAAAUUUGUGUAUUUAUCCUUUAAUUUUUAAAAAAGUAACUAAUUCAUUUACUUAACACAAUUUUCAAAAUAACCAUUUUGUAAUAUGUACUAUUCUAAAUAUUUGAAUGUAUUUUUUAAUGUAUUUUUAUGUUAGUAAUAACAUAAAAUAAUUGAAUUGUUAAAAAUUAAAUAGUUGUUGCUUAAAAACAAUUAAUCUAAAAUCAUAUGAAUAUAUGAUAUAUUCUAGUUUUUGGAACAAUAUCUUUUAAAAAUGGCAAUUUGUAUUUCUACACAAUGGUUUAUGAGUAGUGCUAGGUUAAUAGUAUUUUCAAUAAUAUAUAUAUAUAUAAAUAUUAUAGUAAAAUAAAGACAAUGUUAAUGCUGUAAGUUUGUCUAGGUGUGUGUUGAGUUUUUCAAAAUAUUAUAAAAACCUUUAAGAAAAUGACUGGUAGUCACCAAUUAGGUCCAAAAUACAAAAAAAAAAGUUAUCUUAUCUUAUUUUUAUUGAGCAGUAUUUCUGGUAGAAAACAUAAGAAAACAACUGUUUGUAAAAUAAAAAUUAUCUCCUUAAAGUACCUUUCAGAAAAUUUGAUUAAUAUGUUGGAGCAACAUUUCUGGUAGAAAUUUGUAUACACAGUACAGAUAAAUUUAAUAAAUUAAAAAUCACCUCAGAAUCUGAAUUGUUAAAUAUUUAAUAUUAUAAGCUCUACUACACUCUGUAUAUGAGGUAAAAUAAAAAAAAAUACCAAUACUGUUUGAAUUGCAACCUUUUUAGUUUUGAUGUAAUGAAUAUUUUUGUAAAAUAUGUUUUCUAUGCUUGGUGAUUUUGUACUGAAUCCACCAAAAAAAGAGUAACUUAAUAAACAUUUUCGUGGAGGUUGGAAAAGAUUUUUUUUCUUUUGAUGAUUACAUAAUGAUACAGGUUAUGAUUAUUCUAAUAAAUAUUAAAAAUGUAUGUGAAAUCUUGCAUUUCUUUGUCAACUAAGACUAUAUCACAACUAUACAUUAAAACUAUAAGGUUACAUAGAAUUUACAAAAAUAGAUAUGCUCAGAAGUCACAGAAGCUAAUAUUAAUCCUACUGCUCUUUAAUAUGCAAUUCAAACAGUUUUAGUUUUGAUCACACCUUUUAUGUAUGUAUAUAAUUUCUUAUUUAGGUUUAGUGAAUUGGAUAUUCAAAAAAAAUAUACUGCAGUUAGAGAAGUUUUAGGAAAAAAUUUACGUCAAGCAGCAAUACAAGUUAAUCAAACUAUUUUACUCCAUCAUUUACAUGAUACAAGAACUUGUGAUCCAUUUUUGGAGCCUAUUAUUGAAGAUCUUAUUUAUUCAGAUGAAGGUAUUAAUAGUAUUAAAUAUUAA